CACUCUAACACUAUCACGAUGUCUCAGGUCUAUAGACAUAUCACUAUCAGUCAGACAGUCAGUUUCCAAUGGAACAGUAGUCUGCACUUGUAUUAAUGUAAUGAAGAUAUCCUCUUCAUCAGUUGUUCUACUGUGCCUCCGUACUGAGCCCGAAUUAAUGCCAGAUUUGUCCCUGCGGUUCAAAUUAACCCUAAUUAAUCCCAUGGGGUCUUUACCUGACACAUCAGCUCCCAUCUGCUCAACGAAAGCCUUGGCUGUUUCCAUGGCAUCCCAGUUUGCGCAGAGCGUGCUGACCCUGGACUCCGAGGCUGUCGGGUCGCUGAAAGACGGCAUCAACUUCAAGAAGAGCCCUGUGGAUGGGAAGUGCUACAUCAUCUACAAGAGCAGCGAGGGUCAGCUGCGAGCAUGCAGGAACCAGUGCAAGCACCAAGGAGGCGUCUUCAUCAAGGACAUCGAGGACAUGGACGGCAGGACGGUCCGCUGUACUAAGCAUAACUGGAAACUCAACAUGGAGACCAUGCAGUACGUCAACCCCCCUGACAGCUUCAUGCAGGAUGAACUCGAGGUUGUGUGGGCAGAUGACCCUGAUGGUGGUCUGGACCUUGUGGAGCUGAAUCCUCCUGACCCCUGGCUCACAGACCCCAUGGAGGCACAGGAGCUGCAGCCCGGUGAAGUGACCUUGACGUAUCUCACUCAUGCGUGCAUGGAGCUGAAGUUGGGUGAGCGGAAGAUGAUGUUUGACCCCUGGCUGACGGGCCCGGCGUUUGCUCGUGGCUGGUGGCUGCUGCAUGAGCCUCCGCCCGACUCCCUGGACAGGCUCUGCAACGCUGACCUCAUCUACAUCAGCCACAUGCACUCAGACCACCUCAGUUACCCGACACUAAAGACCCUAUCUGAAAAGCGACCUGACCUACCCAUAUACGUGGGAGACACUUCUCGACCAGUGUUCUGGUAUCUGAAAAACAGCGGGCUGAACCUUACCAACAUCAUUGUGGUUCCUUUUGGUGUCUGGCAAAAUGUAGACAAACACCUCAGAUUCAUGAUUCUAAUGGAUGGUGUCCAUCCUGAAAUGGACACUUGUAUAAUUGUUGAAUUUAAAGGUCACAUGAUCUUGAACACGGUGGACUGCACACGGCCCAAUGGGGGUCGUCUGCCUCAUGGGGUGGACCUGAUGAUGAGUGACUUUGCUGGUGGAGCCUCUGGGUUUCCCAUGACCUUCUAUGGAGGGAAGUACACUGAGAGCUGGAAGGCGGACUUCAUCCGGACAGAGAGGAGGAAGCUGCUCCAUUAUAAGGCCCAGCUGGUGAAGUCACUGCAGCCCAAGAUCUACUGCCCAUUCGCUGGCUACUUCACAGAGGCACAUCCCAGUGACAAAUACAUUAAGGAGACCAACAUCAAAAACAGCCCAGAGGAUCUCAACGCUCAGAUCAGGAAGAGCAGUCCUGACAUCCUCACUUGGACUCCCAAACCUGGGGCUGUGCUGGAUCUGGGUGUAGCAUUGAAACACCCUUCCAGGAGUGCCAUAACAGACCCACCAGCUGGAACAAAGGUGUUUAAGGACAGCUGGGAGUUGGACUUGUAUGUGAGAGAGCUCAACGCUGCUAUUGGUGAUGACAUUUUUAAGCACAGAAGCUGGAUCCCAUUUUACUACAACUGGGCAGGCUUUAAAGACUACAACCUUGUCAUUCGGGUGAUUGAAACGGAUGACGAUUUUAACCCUGUCCCUGGGGGCUAUGACUACUUGGUGGAUUUUCUGGAUUUGUCCCUCCCCUCCAAGCGCCCAAACAGGGAGCACUCUUACCUAGAGAUGAAGAACAGGGUGGGAGUGAUGAGACACGUGGUGAAAACCGGUCUGUUGUGGGACGAUCUGUACAUCGGUUUCCAGAACCGCCUCAGCAGAGAUCCUGAUGUUUAUCACCACAGAUUUUGGAACCACUUCCAGGCAUGCCUGCCAACCUCCAGUCCUGAUUGGGCCUCCUUCCUUCAGCAGACGCUGGACGCAAACGAUCCUGAGGGUUCCACGUGUGUGAUGUCGUGAUGACCUCAGGGAUUGCUUCCUGAGAACCUCCGACAGAGUUCAAGCAGAGUAGACACAUCAGUUCAAAUUACAGAGGAAGGAACACAUCAACAACCUCAAAAGCUCAGAGCCUCAUCAUUCUAUUUGGUUGUUAAGUCGUGUUGUUAAGGAAUAAUGUACUGAUUAUUCUUUUUCCGUCCAAUCAGCUUAUCUACCUGGCCGAGGACUAACAACCAGUAUGGUUUUUGCUGCAUGAAAUGUAAUGAAAAAUAUUUGGGGGAAUUUUCACUUCCUGAACCAGGUUUCUGGGGCCUCAUUUAUACAAAUGUUGCGUAGAAACCAUCCUUCAUUUGAUCUUAGAUUAUUUCUGAAAUGAUCGCACGUGUGAUUCAGAGAAAACAAAGUACGCACAAAAAACGUAUAAAUCGCAAAUGAGUGUGAACUUGUGCGUAGCCGGAUGGUUUUACGUCUUGUAAACGCCCCCCCCCCCAUCAAUAUAAUUAGCAUAGACUUUAAUGAGAUCAAUGGCUGACCUACCUACAAAUAUAUAUGGAAAACAUUGUAAAGGCCUAGCGUAUACCAUCUGAUGUUAACCUAUAUUUAUGUGCUGUCAGUUAGAAUAACUAAUUAUAGUUUUUUUUUUUCAAGCAGCACUAUCUGGAAGGAGAUAUGCAUCCAUGUCCAUUGUCCUCUGCUUGCUUUCAUUCCUUCUGCCUAUUAAGUAGGCAAUGUGUGGCAAAUGUUGUGUUUACUUUGGUAAUAUACUUGAACAUGAACUAGUAGGCUACCUUAUGAAAGAAAGACCUCUACAUCAGAAUAAUGUACAGUAGGCCUACAUUAUGUUACAGUACGUUUCCAAUAUAACCCAGGGUAAGAUAUUGCUGAUGUAGCCAACAGCGGGCUAAAUUAUAAAUGUGAUAUGUCAUGUACUGUAGGCCUAACGUUUAUUUUAGUAUAGGCUAUGUUUUUGCGUACAGCAAAGUGUAGUAUAGAAGUAGUUCACCUUCAUUCAUUCUGAUCUUGGGCACUGCCAUCAGUCAUAGAGCAAACAGACUUGCGUUCUGUAACUCCUUGGGAAACUUGCCCACAAUUUUAUAUAUGAAGAGGAUAACUUCUGUCCCUUGGUGAUGUAUAGAUUAUGCAAAAUACCUUUCCAUAUAUAGCCCACAUUCAAAUAUUAUCUCUCAUAAAUGUCAUACAGUAUUUCCCUCUCCUAAAGAAGUGUAAAUGGACACUUUAUGGUCAAUAUUACAUUGAUGGGAAUAUGAAAUACUGUAUAUUAACUAGGCCUUCCUGUUUUUUAGAUGUUAUGAAAUAGAUAAGGUAUAGGCAGGAGUGUAGUGGUAAAAUAAGAAUUGAUCAUGAAUAUGGUAUAAAAGACAUUGUUGGUCUUCAUGGAAUUUUGAGAAUUCAUUUCAUUUGGACCUCAGAUUAUUUGCAGUACCCCGGCUUUACCACAAGGAAAUGGUCGUACAUCAGGUUGGAUCCUGACGUGGAGAUAAUAUAAGCACUUUUCCAUGUCAAAGACUGUUUUUUUUUAUAAAUCUGAGCGAUGGCAUGGAUUUGAGUGUACGGUGUUAGAUAAAAUCUGUGUGUAAGAAACGUUUUAUUAAUGAGGCCCCUGAUCUCUACAGAUGAUUAAAUGUUUGCCUUGAUCUGAUUAUGUAGCUGCCACAAAAUAAAGGUUUUUAAGGUUUUUUAAAUGUAUUUAUGUUCAUUUGCGGGCUUAACUGGUUGUUGGUCAUUUGUAUUUGUUUUUUUAUUAUUAUUAUUGUCAUCUCCCAGUAGGUGUGGCUAAGGUUCCUCCUGAUGAAUUUGGUGCCGGGAAUUUGGUUUUACUUUGGUUAACAUUGCAAGGGAGAGGUUGUGCAGUUCCUAGACAUAUUUUGUUUAUUCUGCGUUAUUUCAUUUUCCUGGACUUAUUUGUUCUCUGUUUGUGGCUGUUUGUGGUUGUGUUUCCUGCGUCCAUCUCCUGUUGAAUGUAAUCCCACGUGGGUGCUCAGGGCAUUGCUGUAAGAGAUCUGAAUGAUCUGUCCCUUCUACUGAAUAAACAAUGAAGUGGA